CCUCUACGUUGCAAUUAAUAUAAUCCCUACAGCCUUCAGCUGAAAAGUGGCCGAGAAGAGAGGGUGUAAUGCUCGGAAAACAGAAUUACAUGUAGAAUAUGACCGUAACCAGACGAAAUUCAAGAAGUGGGGAUCAUAUGCCAUCUGUAAAUCUAUAGGCUGUCAAAUAGUACUUUCAACAUUUUCCCCUUAUCACAUCAAGGUUUUUGACAAUGUUCGGUGGAUAACUCGUCACAAGACCCGCCGUGAUUCACCGCACUUCGCUGUUUCUGUGCAAUCCGGCCUCAUUGCAUUACAAAGGCGUGUCCGCAUUCAAUUGUGUACAUUGCCGGUGCACCGGCGCCUGUGGAAUUACACGAACUGCAUGGGAUGCAAUCCACUGACUGACGAUCUGUGAUCGCCUAGAGCUGGGAUUUAUUUUCGGAACUAGAUAAUCGAAGAACUCUGAUUAUCGGUAUAGACCUCUAUAUUGGCUCCUUUCAAGGAAGGAAGAACUUUUUCACUUGCGUUUAUGUUGAGCAAGCAAUGUCUAAUAUGACAAAAGAGGAUAACGACUCUGCUACCCUUCCCACCGAUGUGAACCGAGCCAACAACUGCUCCACAGAUGACGGGGAAGAUGCUGAGGAGAAGGCUAGACUAAUAUGUCAGGUCCUUGAACUACAGAACACACUAGAUGAUCUCUCUUUAAGAGUAGACAAAGUGAAAGAAGAGAACCUGAAGCUAAAAUCGGAGAAUCAGGUCCUUGGUCAGUACAUAGAGAACCUCAUGUCAGCAUCCAGCAUGUUCCAGUCGACAUCGCCGAAAAACAAGAAGAAGUCAGGAGGCAAAGGCAAGAAGUCGGACAAGUGAGAUAAUCUGCUGCCCUCUUUGGUCAACAUCUCAUGAGCUCAAAUGGUGUCUCACCAAUGUGCAAUGGCUUUAAAAUCAUUUGGGAAAAGGUGUUCUUUGUUUGUGUGUUAUUAUAAUGUAGGUGUUGAGUGAGAAUGUGUUGCAUUAUACAUGUCAUAUAACUGCAUUAUAUUUCUCCCUUUUCACCGAAUUGUUUGUCAUUGUAACGCUCUCCACCCCACUCCUUCGAAGGACAAACAUUUGGAAAUGCUAUUUGUCCUCUCUGUAAUUUUUUUACCCAUGCAGGAGUUAACUUAAAAGAGUGGGGAAGGGUCUCGUUACAUUUUUUUUUUUGGGGGGGGGGGAAUUUGGUUCUUUGUAUUACCACCUUCAUCAUUAUUUUCAGUGAAUUUUCAUUGAUACUUAAUUAUUCUUACAAAGAGUUGUAAUGAAAUGUUUGACGAUAUUCUGUAAUAUGAAGCCAACAACCACUCCUAAAGAAGAGUUGGUAAUCUAUUUCAAAACAUGAGCUAAGUCAAUCCCUGCAUCUGAUUGGCUCAGACCAAUUUAUUUCAUGAAACACUUCCCAGCUGGCCUGUUGGUCAAGGAGAAGUGGCAAUGGCUAUUACAAUAUAGAAACCCCUUCCUAGGGGAAAAUAUUUUCCAAAACAGUCAUACAAGGUAAGAGCUAUGUUUGUAGAAUAGUCAUGUGACUAUCAAAAUCCAAGUUAAGAAAAAUAUUCAACAACCUUUCACACUGAAAAAGAUGUUGAUGUACUUUAAAGAAAAAAAAGUAAUUUUUUAAGAAAAAAACGAUUAAACUAAUAGAUGGAUUUUUUAUUUUUUAUUUGUUGUAAAAGCAUUUUAUUUCAAAUAUAGUUUUCAAAGUUAAUGGUUGCAAAUUGGGAAAUCUGUUUUAUUUGAUGUAACAACUUUUAUACAUGUAUCCAGUCCUUUUCCAGUUUCCGUAGUCAUGAAAGUGACUUCCCCCUUAAUUCCAUUUUAACAAAUACCUAUGUAUAAUAUACCUGUAUAUGUUGCCAACUAUUAUGUCUGAAUUCUAUGCAUGCAUUCUCACUACUAAAUAUAGUUUGUUGAAAUAAAAAUUGACAUUAUGAAUUCUUGCAUUUCUAGACAAUGGAAAUGCCAUCGAUAUUUGUGUCUUCAUUUUUUGACUAAAUGUUUACUGUUAAAGCAGCUUGUAAAUAUCACUAGCAACAAUCAGUGUUUUGAUGUUUGGAUAUUGAGAUAAAAUAUUAGACUAAAAAUGUAGCUGUACUUCAUUUUAUCCAGCAAUCAUCAUGCUUACUCUCUUUGGAUUUGAAAUGAAUUUAGUUGACUACUUGAUUUGUGUAUACAUGUAUAUAAAAAAAACUUGUUUUCAUUUAUCUGAUUAAUCAUUCUUUUUGCUAUGAAAAUUCUCCCUUUAUUAAGAUUUAGCCUGAAGUAACAUUUGUGAAAUGUAUAAAUCAUGUUCACUGGUGAAAAGUGGUUGAAUAUGAAAAAAUAAUGAUUAAUUAGAGAACUAACUUUCAAGGCAUUUAAAUUUCUUCUUAAAAAAACAGUACUUUUAUGUAUGUUAGAUGAAAUUACCCCCGAGCUAUUUUAUUAUUGAUAAUUCAGCCACUAAUCAUGUAUCAUUUUAUGUAUCAAAAUGUAGUAUCACACAAUACUCUUCUUUAUAACAGGUUAUUUCAAUGCAGAGGAUCAAUCAGUGUAAAGUGUGCAUAAAGCCCUUAAAUGGUCAAACUUCCUCACAUGCUCACUAGGACCAACAAAAAAAAUGUUGAAGUUGUGAGAUUUUUCAUCUUUUUUUUAAUAUCAGAAUCAUCACUCUGUCUUCAAGCGGAAAUUAAGAAUUGCCUUGGAGGAAAAAGAAAUUAAAACACAACUUCAUGUAUAGCAUGGAGGUCACUUCUCAAUAUAGAAAAAAUGAUAUAUUAUGAAAAGAAAUUAAAAGGCCAGAAUGUGCCUAUAUUUUGGUACAUGUGCACUUUGUGCAGUAAAAUAUAUUGCAAAACAAAUGUUUGGAUAUUCUUGUGAUGCUUCAAUUAUGGAUGAGUAAUUGGUUUAAAAAAAUGGAAUAAUGGCUUGCUUUGAAGUGUAAUAAUCCAGCCCCCACACCCCCCCCCCCAACAAACAAAAAGGAGAGGGGAAAUUAAGUUGUUAGCCAUAUCUUAAACACUAUCAUAGUAUCAUUUCAUUUUGGUGCAUUUAUCUUAUCGAUUUAAUGGCAUAAGUUAUAUUUUCAGCAAUAAGUGUAUACUGAGUAAUAUUUGAAUAAAUGAGUAGAAAUUACUACAGGAUUAACAAUAGAAAUGCAGAUAUAUCUAGUAUUAUAGCAUUGUAUUAAGGGAAUAUCUUUCAACCAACUCUUAAUAUAUACUUAUCUCAUUAGUAUACAUCUAUCUAUGCUAUCAAUACAUGUUUUUUCCCCAGUUUUUGGUUGUACAGGAAUCGAAUACAACAUUGACGAGGUUUCGGUCUGUAAUUGUAAAUUGAUUAGCAAUUUAGCAUAAUGUUAUCUUCAGACAUUAACAUUUGAAUAUAGUUGGAUAUCUAUACCAAGUUGUGCUAUUCUCUACAUGUAAUACGGUCAAGUGUAUAAUAUUUUACAGAUUGCAAUAAUCUGUUUCACAGUAUAGCAAUUAUUUAUUUAUUAUUGUCGGCCUUCAUGGGGCAUCUGAUACCAUUGGAUUGCUAUUAUCGUCAGCAUCAUUGUAACUACUGCUGUUAAAUUUAUAAGCAGGCAUUACAUGCACCCCAUCAUGUAAUGAAAAAAAAUAUCCCUGUAGGUGAACAUUUUUAACUGAAAAUAUUAAAAGGUCAGAAAGCAAGUUUCUUGCUUUUAAUACAUGUAUAUAUAACCUGUAUACAAAUAAAAUUUCCCGGUUUUUACGAUUCUGAGGUCAUCAAAUUAUUAUUUACGUCCCAUGAAAGCUGACAAUUAUUUUUUUUAAACAAAGUAUUAAACAUUGUUGCUUCUUGUAUACGUGUACACAAGUUCAUUUCUUGCCAUGUCGACCGCGCUGCAUCACUCUACACACCAUGAUUCCUUCUACUUCUUUGAAAUUAGGAACUACUUCUGAUUCAAUUAACAGGGGCCCCUAGCGCAAAGCUCACCAACCAUCGUAGAAGAAUACCUUUAUGAUUGAUCAACUUGACUACAAUGUACAAUCAAUCAUAAAAAUCAAGCGUAUGAUCAAUUGCUAACCUUUGUGUUAUAGGAUCCAGAUUGUAGAUUUACAGGGAAGACAAAUGUAAAUGGACUUUUGUCAAUUCCUUUCGUAGAUGAAAUAAGUUCAGGGCCCUGUCUCACAAAGAGUUACAAUUGAUCCGAUCAUUCACAACUAUGGAAAGCCAACAACCCCAACAUCUAGAAUGCAUUUGUGCGUUCAAAGGCAUGCUCAUGGCUGCAUCAUCGACUUGAUGCAUCAGUGUGCUCCCCCUUGUGUUCAGAGGCACGUUGUAUGAUAUACGGAAAGAAUUAUGACAUUGCUCGAUUUCCAUAGAUCUAUAGAUGAGAUUGCAUGGAUCAAUCACAACUCUUCAUAAUACGGGACCCAGGCCCCCAUCUGUACAAAGGGUUGCAAUUGAUCUGAUCAACCUCAGCUAUAUGGAAAUCCAUCGAUGUCAUAAUUUUUUCUACGGAAAUUUGCAGUGUCCUUUGUAAACAAAGGGGACCACACUGAAUUGUCAAGACAGUAGUGAAUGUAUCUGUAUACAUCAUAUAUAGAGAAUUUUUAGAAUAAACAUGCUUUUUUAGAUGUUGACAUUGCUGCCUUUCCAUAGUUGUGGUUGAUCCGAUCAAUCGCAACUCUUUGUAAGACGGGGCCCAGGUCUUGGUUUGAAUGAAUUUUCCGUAAUAAAGUAUGUUGUUCAAUGAAUGUAUUACAUACAUAUUGAUGUAUGAUAGUUUUGAGCCCACCCUGAGUUGUACUAAAUAGAGAUUUAUAAAUGUUAUCAAUACUUAAGAAUGCUCUUGUAAUGGAGUAGAUGUUUUACCCGACUGCUAGAAAGGAAGUUCAGUUUGAGUUCUGGUAUAGAAAUCUAAUUUUGAAAGGAAUUGGUUGGAAGCAAUCCUGAAGUGUUAAUCAUACACCAGAAUUUUAAUUGAAAUAAUUAAAGCUUGCAUAGAUUUAUAUUCAUUUCAUUACCACAUGCUUUCCCUGGUGUGGCUGACAAGUAGGCCUAUAUUUCUACCAUUAACAUAAUUUAUCUUAAAGAAUAUUAAAAAAAUUAAUUGCAAAAGUGCAAAAAAAUAAGACUUCAGGGUGUAGCCCAUGCAAAAUAUGUAGUUCAUUUACAUUUUCUAAUAAGCCAUUCAGCCUGAUAAAAAGUUUUCAUUUUCCUCUUGAAAUACAAUAGUGUGUUUUGUGACAAGCUCUGAAGGCUUCUCCAACUAUAUAUAUUAUCCCCAUCCAAAGUUGCAUGUAUCUCAAAAUAUUUAACUAUUAUUACCUUUAGAUGUCAUUUCUGUAAUUUACCUAACGAUGCAAAAUACAAUAUCAACAAUGGAUUAUGUUUGCAAGGAAGACUUGUCAUUACUUUUUUGUUAAGUUGCGAGUAGGAUGUAUUGUAGAAUUAUGCCAACUGCUGAAUAAUAUUGAUUUUCAGCACAAUGCUGUAUCUAUGAAUGUGUACAUAGUGUAAAAUGAUUGCUUUAUUAAAUGUGGAGCAAGACUUAUUUAUAUGUGAAUAUUACUUUUUUAUAUGUUACAAGUAUGGCAAAUCAAUGUUUUUUAUGUGUGAUCUUAAAAAAGUUCACACAGUUUUUUUGUAUCAAACUGAAAGUUAGCACUGUGAUUACAUUCCCUCUUUUGUAAUUGUUAUUUCUUACAAUUAUGUUGUAAUACUAAAUAGGUUCAUUAUUGCGGACUGAAAUAAUCGCUAGAGGGUAUUUGUCUCGCAAUCUACUAUGGUCAACAAGGAAAUUCGUGAUCACUCUCGCAAAAAGUGUUCACUAGCUUUCUAGUUGACCAUAGUAGAUUGCGAGACAAAUGAAUACCCUCUAGCAAUUAUGUUGUAUUUUGAUUAUUGCUGCUGUAACAUACAAUUUGUUGUUAAUUGAAAUUGUAACAAGCACUGCUCAUCAUAGGAAACUGCCAUAUUAAAAUUGAUAAUAGAGUACAUAAGUACACCUGGGGCCGUUUCAUAAAGCUAUUCGUAAGUUAAGAGUGAUCCUUGUGGUAAAUGAUAUUCACCAUGAACAGUUCAUUGGUGAUUAUUUAGCGUAAGAAAGGUUCACCAGUUAUUGUUAAAGUCGCUCUUAACUUACGAACAGCUUUAUGAAACACUCGCCUACCUUUCAUAGCGUUGCAGUUGAUCUGAUCAGUCAUAAGUCUAUGGAAAGCCAGCAACAUCUACGAAGGUAUAUCUUCAGUCAGUCAAGCUGUUUACUAUAUAAUGGGUGAUUUCAAGAUCAGUGUUGACCUUUUGGUGUUGGUGUUAGGUCAGUUUUAACACGAGUAUAACACCAAACAUAAAACAAAGAUGGUUCUCAAAAGUCACUCACUAGUUGUUCAGAUGUCAAUAGUGUGAUCUGGAACAGUUUUACAAACUCUGAAUAGGUUUUGGAGCUAGGGGAAGCAAAUCCAAAUUCCAACACCAACGCCAACACCGGACUUGAAAUCACCCAUUGUACUGUAUACUAAUGCAUGCAUCGUUAUCUUGAUAAUCAGUGUGCUCUUUGUUCCAAAAAGGACAUUGCGCACAUUUCCUGCAUGAAAAAUUAUGACGAUAGAUUUCCAUAGAGUUGAGAUUGAUUGGAUCAAUCAUAAUUCUUUGUAACACAGGGCCCUGAUAUGACUGAGCAUCUAUGUCCAAGCCUCAACUCAAAAGGUCAUGGAUAUUCUGUCUUAGAUAUGUAACCGGUACAGACUUUAAAAUAUUCUCACUUGCAAACAAUAUGCAAACCUGGAUUCAUGGAAGAAAUUGUGCAGUGUUGGAGCACCCAUGCAAAUCAUUGAGAAACAGAAUACAUGUAAUAUGUCAUCAAUUACGAGUGCAUUUAAAUUCAAAGUAAUCUGUGAAGCUUUAGAAAUGUAUUUCUAACAUGGUAUAAGUACUUUAUAACUAAGGCAGAAUAUACCUAACAUAUAUGAGACAAAGCGGCAUCAUUAGGUUUAGAAAAAAGACACCAGGGGCCUGUAACACAAAGCAUAGCGAUGUUCAUAGAACAUUUAUUGAGCGACUGAUUCCAUUGACUACAAUGUACAAUCAAUCGUAAAAAUCAAGCGUACAAUCAAUCACUAACCUUUGUGUUACUGGAACCAACCGUCUUUGAGAAUGGUGGUAGGAUGAUCAUGUACAUUUAGUUGUGUAUUGUAUUUUUUUAAUAACGUACCUAAUCCUUUUAUGAUUGCAUUGCAUUAUUUUGAGCAGUUUAAUUUUUCCAAGCAUCAUAAGUUAUAAUUUGGCUAGAUGUUACUGUAGUUAGUUGAUCAGCCCUUAAUGAAUAAUUGUGUUUCAGUUUAUUAUUGAUAUCGAUAUAUAAAUUCAUUUUUCUUAUAAUAGAACCAAUUUGAUGACAUGAUAAACUUUCGCUUUGAUUUUUUUUUAAAGUUAGGACAUUCUGUAUUGUUUAUGUAUUGUCUUUAUAUUAUUAUUUGGUGCUAUACUUCGUAGUUUUACUUAUUCUGAUGGGCUCAAAAUGUAACAUCCUUUUUUUUUCUGAGACUGCAAUGAAUUUGUGAAUUAUUUUACCUAUGAUUUAUGGAAAUUAUAAAUUGGUGACUAUUCACCUAUUUAAAGGUAAUUGAUGCAAUUGUUUUAAACCUGCUGUUGAAAACCAUGACCACAGUUCUUGCUCUUACAUCAGUGGUAAUAAACAGGUUUAGUGAAUAUGAUAUGUUUUGUUUUUGUUCACAUUUUAGGAAGAGUUUAUAUCAGAUUAUUCUGCUGAAAAUGCCCACAUACAAUAUUUGUGUCAUCAUAAAUUCCUGGCUUUUAAAGUAUUCUUUUUUUUUCAUUAACUUCAAAUAGAAAGAUCAAUUCUAUUGUGGCUUUCCCUUUUAGUAUCUUACAAUGUGUUUUAAAUGAACAGAAUGAGGUUGUUGUUUUUUCCCUUUCUCUUAUUUUAAUAUGCUAUUUAGGUGUAACAAAUCACUGAUUUUAAAUUAUUCUUGUAAUACAUUUCCCACUUUGACAUUUAUUCCCCGGGGGUGUUUCACAAAGAUUUAAGUAUGACUUAUGAGUCGCACUGUAAUCCUGACGCAUACAAGAUACGCAGUAGUGCGCGUCCUCUGGGCAUGAUCUGACCAUUUUGGUCAUGCCUUUCAUAUCGCACGCAACUAGGCAUUUAAGUGCAAAUCUAAGUCAUAUUGGUAUCUUGAUGAAAUACCCCUCGGGUUUAUUUACAGAUUUUUGUCAAUGAAUGUUUGAAUGAAUGUCAUAAUAAUAAGGAGCAAGAGUCGGUAAUUGAAUGUCUGGAAAACAUCUAUGUGACCAAAACAAAUUAACUUCAGUGGAAGCCGUGAUUGAUAUGUUUCUUGAUAGAUAUGUUUCUUGAUAUUCAAUUAUAUUUAUUUCAUCCUUGUCUCUGAUCUGUAUUCACCAAAUCAAAAACUUAGUUACUCAUUGUGUAGUUCAGUAAGCUUAGAGUAUAACAGAUGUAUUGUAUUUCAUGGACAUAACAUAGAUAUAAUUAUCUAAGAAUUCAUUUAGUCUGUUGUAAUUGUGUGGGCUUGCAAGGUAGAUUAACAUAAAUGAAAUUAAAUCAGACUUGCCUAUAUCUUAA